AUGUACUUAGGUGAGUGGUGUAUUUCUGGUGUAUGUACGUCAGAUUCAAAUGCACCUGCAGGAGUUGAGACAUGUCUUUAUGGUGAUAAAAGAGGUGUAGUUUUUGGCAAUGGUUGGACUUGUGAAGAUAUGGUCAGGGAAGCACCAAGUUAUUGUUCAAGUACAGCUGCAUGCUGUGCAUCGUGUGCGCCUCCAACAACAACAUCCACAUCAACUCCUGCUGCGAUAACAACAACACCUACUACGACUACAACUGAUUCUAAUUCGACAAGAACUAAUCAUAUUCCAACAAUUACAACUACUACUACGACUACAGCAUUAAAAACAACUACAACAGUUAAGCUUACAACAGAUGCUGAUCAGCUGUGUGUACAAAAACGUGGAACAGGGUCACAUUUGUGUAGGUACUUCUACAACGGAGAUUAUUCCUCUUUAUGCACAAAACUUUACUGUGCCAUACCGAAUACGAACACCUGUUAUGAAAAUAAGAUUACCGACUACAUACUCUGUGGAAAUCACAAGUGGUGUAUUUCUGGUGUAUGUACCUCAGAUGCAAAUGCUCCGGCCGGAGAUGAGAGCUGUCUUUAUGGAGAUCGCAAAGGUGCACUAUUCAACAAUGGUUGGACGUGUGUAGAUAUGGCGAGGGAAGCACCACAAAUGUGUGCAGAUCAUGGGACGGCAUGCUGUGCCUCAUGUGGGCCUACAACAACAACAUCACCAACUACACCUGCAACGACAACAACUACGCUUGUAACGACAACAUUAGCAACAACUACACCUACUACAACUUCAAUAGCAACUACUACUGCAACGACAAGAAAUAAUCCUACUACGACAACGUUAGCGACAACUUCUCCUGAAACGACAACAACUAAUCCUGCAACGACAACAACUACUCCUACUACGACAACAACUACACAUGCAACGUCAACAACUACUCCUGGAACGACAACAACUACUCUUGGACCAACAACAAAUACUCCUACUUCGACAAAAACUACUCCUGCGACAACAACAACUACUCCAGUAACGACAACAACUCCUCCUGCAGCGACUACAACAACUGUCGCAACGACAACAAUGUUUUCUGCAACGACAACAAAUAUUCCUACUACGACAACAACUACUCCUGCUACAAAAACAACUACUCCUGCAACGACAUCAAAUAUUCCUACUACGACAACAAAAACUCUUGCAACGACAACAACUACUCCUGCUACAACAUUUACUACUCCUUCUACUUCUGGAACAACAACAACUAUUCUUACUUCGACAACCUUAGCAACAAAUUCGACAGCAACUACUCCUGCAAAGACAGCAACUGCUUCCAAAACCGUUCAACCUAUAACAACUGCAGAAACGACUACAAUCGUUCAACAACCAACCUCUAAGGAAACGACAUCAACCAUUCAACCUUCAACAGCUGAAGAACCAGCUACACCUACAACAAAUGAAAAAACGACAACUUCUGUUCAACAUACAUCAAAAGAACAAACGAGAACAACAGUUCAACCUACAACAAAUGAACAAGCAACAACUACUAUUCAGCCUACAACAAAUGAACAAACGACAACUACUGUUCAGCCUACAUCAAAUGAACAAACGAUAACUUCUGUUCAAGAUACAUCAAAUGAACAAACAACAACAACAGUUCAACCUACAACAAACAAACAAGCGACAACUACUAUUCAGCCUACAUCAAAUGAACAAGCAACAACAACAGUUCAACCUACAACAAAUGAACAAGCGACAACUAAUAUUCAGCCUACAACAAAUGAACAAGCAACAACAACAGUUCAACCUACAACAAAUGAACAAGCGACAACUACUAUUCAGUCUACAACAAAUGGACAAACGACAACAACAGUUCAACCUACAACAAAUGAACAAGCGACGACUACUGUUCAGCCUACAACAUAUGAACAAGCGACAACUACUAUUCAACAUCAACCAAAUGAACAAACGACAACAACAGUUCAACCUACAAUAAAUGAACAAACGACAACAGUACAGCCAUAUACAACUGAACAAACGACAAAAGUCUCGUCAACAAUCACUGAACAAACGACAACAGGUCAGCUAUCAACUACUGUAAAAACGACAACAGUUCAGCAUGUAACAACUGAACAAAAGACACACGUUCAGCCGACAACCAAUGAACAAAUAACAAAUCCGGUUCAGCCUACACCCACGACAAGAAAUCCCACAACGACAACGAAGCCCACAACGAUAACUAAGACCACAACGCCACAAUCUCAACCUUCUGUCACAAUAGAGUACAAAUACACAUGUAAACUGCGGCUUAUGAUAAGGGUUACCAUUAGUCUUACCGAUAAAACCACUGAGGAAUAUCAGAGUCUUUUUAACCAGGUUUUGACAGCGCUAACGAACUAUUACAGUCGAUCUAGAUCAUGUAAACGGUCCUUUAAGAGAAUAGUUCUUAUAUCGAUAAGAGCUGGGAGUUUGAUACCAGAAUACGAGGUCUAUCUAGAUGAACCUUCACCUGGUGAUGUCAUUUCGGCUGGUUACGACUUAACAACAGGGAAUGGAAACUUAACAAUAGGAAAUGAAACAGUGGAGGCAGAGACAUCGUCUGUUACUGCUAAUAACCAAACAGGUAAUAGAACCAUUCUAAUCAGACUAAUAUCCGAUGUUAGAAUUUGUACUGUAUAG